UAUACAAAGAUGUCUGGAACGCGGUAAAGUCAACGGCAAAUUAAAGUCAAAGGCAAAGUCACGAUCAACCCGUGCUGGUCUUCAAUUCCCAGUCGGUCGUAUCCAUCGUUUGUUGCGCGAAGGAAACUACGCUGAACGUGUCGGAGCUGGUGCAUCAGUAUACUUGACUGCCGUCAUGGAAUCCUUGGCUGCUGAAGUUUUGGAAUUGGCAGGUAACGCUGCCCGUGACAACAAAAAAACACGUAUCAUUCCUCGUCAUUUGCAAUUGGCCAUCCGUAACGACGAAGAAUUAAACAAACUCUUGUCAGGAGUUACAAUCGCACAAGGUGGUGUUUUGCCAAACAUCCAAGCCGUCUUGCUGCCAAAAAAGACCGAAACCAAAAAAGCCUAAAUGUGUUUCACAUAUUGAAACAUUGUACAUAAAACGGCCCUUUUCAGGGCCACCAAAAUAUUUUUCAUAAAGAAUUGAAAAAAAUCAACACA